AUGGCGGAAAAUUCCCUAGAAGCGCAACAGGAGAAGCAGACACCUCCAUCGACACUAUCAUCAGAUCAUCAGUCGGCCAAAUCUCAAAAUGUUGUUGAAUCCAACACUGAGGCCAAACCAGGUCCUCCAGGUCCUCCAGGUGGCCCAGGUGGUGGUGAUAGACCCUUUGGGCCUGGUAUGGGUCCCCCGGUUGAGUAUCCAAAGGGUCUCAAGCUCUACUCAAUCAUCAUCCCCCUUUACUUUACAGCCUUUCUCACCGCACUGGAUCGCACCAUCAUCGUGAACGCCAUUCCCAGUAUCACUAAUCAAUUCAACUCCAUCGAUGAUGUCGGUUGGUACGGUAGUGCAUAUCUACUGACCUUUUGCGCCUUUCAACUGCUUUUUGGCAAGAUUUACUCUUUCUAUAAUCCGAAAUGGGUAUUUGUGACCGCCGUGGUCAUCUUCGAAAUUGGGUCUGCUAUCUGCGGUGCCGCGCCCAAUUCGGUAGCCCUGAUAAUUGGUCGAGCGAUCGCGGGCCUGGGAUCAUCUGGGAUCUUUGGUGGUAGUGUGAUCAUCACCUUCUUCACUGUCCCAUUGCAUCUGCGGCCCAUCUUCUCAGGCAUUGUCAGCCUCAUAUUUGCCCUCGCAUCCGUCACAGGCCCAUUGAUUGGUGGUGGGUUCACGGAAAACGUUACCUGGCGCUGGUGCUUCUACCUCAAUCUGCCUAUUGGCGCAGUGGCCAUAGUGGCGAUCAUGCUGGUGCUCAAGAUGCCUCCGGCGCGCAAGGCCGGAACCCCUAUGCGAGAGCAGUUUUUGCAGAUGGACCCGCUGGGCAAUCUAUGCCUGAUUCCGGGGGUGGUGUGCCUGCUGCUUGCUCUGCAAUGGGGCGGGGAAACCUAUGCCUGGAAUAGUGGACGUGUUAUUGCUCUUUUAGUUCUGGCAGUAGUGUUGCUGCUGGCCUUCAUUGGAAUUCAGAUCUGGCGUCCGGACACCGCCACCAUUCCACCCCGGGUCAUGAAGCAGCGCAGCAUUGCCGCCGGGGUUGUCUUCACCCUAAUGGUCACCGCAGCUAUGAUGACUUUCACCUACUACCUGCCAAUUUGGUUUCAAGCCAUCAAGUCUGCGUCUCCAGUCCAUUCAGGUGUCAUGAUGUUACCCACAGUCAUCUCGUCUGCAGCUGCUAGUCUCAUAUCAGGUUUCCUGAUCAAUCGUAUCGGCUACUACACACCGUUCAUGAUCGGCGGAUCAGUGCUCAUGUCUAUUGGGGCCGGUCUUAUGACAACUUUCACCCCGCAUAUGAGCGAAGGGAAAUGGAUCGGCUACCAGAUCCUUUGGGCGGUUGGUUGUGGAAUGAGCAUGCAACAAGCGUCUUUGGCUGCUCAAGCCGUCCUCCCUCGUCCAGAUGCUCCGAUCGGGAUCUCCUUGGUCUUUUUUGCGCAGUCGUUGGGUGGUUCUGUGUUCCUCUCUGUGGACCAGGCCAUAUACAGCAACAAACUAUCAGCCAACCUUGGUGCUCUCGCCAAUGUGACUGCUAGCGGAGUAACGAGUAUUCAAGAUCACGUGAGAUCUCAGGACCUGCCACGGUUUUUGACUGGAUACAAUGGGGCGGUAAUGGACGUGUUUCGUGUAGCUUUGGCGGCUUCUUGCGCAUGUGUGGUGGCAUCUGUUUUUAUGGAGUGGAAGAACGUAAAGGCUGAAAAGGGUGGCAUGGGAAAGCCUGCUGGCCCGGGUGUCCCUGGUGGCCCUGGUGGCCCUGGAUCAGGGGGUCCAGGAGUGAGUCCUGAAAAGGGACCGUCAACUGGCGAUGGAUCAACAACUAUGAAGCCGAACGGUGAUGCUGACGCUCAAGUUUAG